GUUAGAGUUUGGGAGGUUGUGGGGGGGGGGAACCUGCAGGGAGAAUAAAAGCGCGAUGGUGCAUUGUGCUGGUUGUGAGAGGCCUAUCUUGGAUAGAUUUCUGCUGAAUGUCCUGGACAGAGCUUGGCACAUCAAGUGUGUCCAAUGUUGUGAGUGCAAAUGCAACUUGACCGAAAAAUGUUUCUCCAGAGAAGGGAAGCUUUACUGUAAAAACGAUUUCUUCAGGAGGUUUGGUACAAAAUGCGCUGGUUGCUGUCAAGGUAUUUCCCCCAGCGACCUGGUCAGAAAAGCAAGGAGCAAAGUCUUUCAUUUGAACUGCUUCACCUGUAUGGUUUGCAACAAGCAACUCUCAACCGGGGAAGAACUCUACAUCAUCGACGAAAACAAAUUCGUGUGUAAAGAAGAUUAUUUGAGCACCACCAGCAUUAAAGACGGGAAUCUGAAUUCAGUCUCCUCGUGUACAGAUCGAAGUCUAUCGCCUGACGUCCAGGACCAGAACGGAGACGAUACAAAGGAAACAGACAAUUCCACCUCUUCCGACAAAGAGGCACAGAAUAUCGAGGCGGAGGAACAGAGCACGGGCACGAAAAGAAGGGGUCCCAGAACUACCAUUAAAGCCAAACAGCUGGAAACCUUGAAAGCCGCCUUUGCCGCUACCCCGAAACCCACCCGACACAUCAGGGAACAGUUGGCCCAGGAGACGGGCCUGAACAUGCGAGUCAUACAGGUCUGGUUCCAGAACAGAAGAUCCAAGGAGAGGCGGAUGAAGCAGUUGAGUGCUCUGGGGGCCCGGCGACACGCUUUCUUCCGGAGUCCCAGGCGCAUGCGUCCUUUGGGAGGACGUAUGGACGAAUCAGAAAUGAUGGGCUCUGCUCCCUAUAAUUACUAUGGAGAUUACCAAGCAGAUUACUACGGUCCGGCCGGAAAUUACGACUUCUUCCCUCACGGCCCGCCUUCCUCUCAAGCACAUUCCCCGGCAGAUUCCAGCUACCUGCAGACCUCAGGACCAGGAGGACCUCCUUUGGGAGGACUCGAAGCCCCUCUUCCCGGUCACCACCACCCAACCCUCACUGGCAGUGAAAACCAAAGGUACACGGACAUGAUUUCUCACGCUGACACCCCCAGCCCAGAGCCAGGGAUGACGGGACCAAUGCACCCAAUUCCGGGUGAGGUGUUCAGUGGAGGUCCAAGCCCGCCUUUCUCAAUGUCGAGCAACAGUGGCUACAGCGGCUCCCUUUCACAUCCAAGUCAAGAGAUGAACGAGACAGCCGUCUGGUAACACCCAUCAAGCACCCGUGGACCCAUCGAGGUUGCCUCAACGACUCAACGGUACGAACCCAGCAAGCGCCCUGCAUUAGAUUACCGAACUUGACCGUCUUCGAAGUACAGUACUUGGCCCAAAAGGGCCCAUUGGUGGAGUACUGCUCUCUCCCACACCC